AUGCCUCACAAAAAACUAGCACCUAAGUGGACAAGCGAUGCCCAUAGAUCUCAUGUAAUGACGAUAGGAAAAAAUACGGCUUAAAGAAUAGUAAGACAAGGCAAUGUGAACCCCUUAUAUGCCGCAUUUGGAAGAGUAGGGUAAACUGGACUUCCUGACAUGAGAUAUAAGUCCAACUAUUCAAAGUGGUAAUCAAGCAGAUUCUUUGAUUGA